GGGCGCGGCGUCCUGGGCUCCGCGUGGGGCAUGGUAGAGGGGGCGUCUGAUUCGGGGGGUACCGGGCUCCGGGGGCGGCCUGGGGCCCGGGUGGGCGCCGCGUCCCCGGCUCCGGGGUUCCGGCGGGGUGCGGCCUUCCUCUUCUGGCUCCGCCCCUCGCCGGGCUCGCCCGUUCCCGCGGCGCCCCGGGGCCUGCUUUCCCCGCUGCUAAUUGACGCGUGGGUGGCGCGGCCGCCCCGGGGUGGCUUGGCACGAGGGGGGCUGACUCAGGCGCACCUGUCACACGGGCACCGGGCGGGGCUGCAUCUGCUGUAACGGGGCAGCGAGUGCGAUGCCCGCGCCGGUCACCCAUGCACUCUGGAGCUGAGGCCGGAGGAGCACUGCAAGUUCCAGGCCAGCCUGGGCUACAGGACAGCGUUCCCAAAAACAAGUGCUGGGGUUCAGUGGGUAGCGUGUUUCCUGGCUUGCUUGAGAUCCAGCUUCAUCCCCAGCAUCCUGUCUGAGAUGGAGGCCGGAUAAGGGGUUUUUCCUCAGCUAGAAGCAUCAUAGGGAAUUUACGCCCAUCCUGAACUACAUGAGAUCCUGUCUCAAAAAAACAAAAUCCCCAGAAGGACGUAGAACGCCCAUCUGAAUGCGUGGUCUGAAAAGUGUCCCUAGGUGUGAUCGCUCAUCACAGGCCGGGCCUGGAUGACAAGCAAGAGACACUCCCAACAUGUUGGUCCUCAACUUGUGGGUCUCGACUCCUUUGGGGGUCGAUGAACCCUUUCAUGGGGCCCCAUAUCAGAUUUUUACCAUUCAUAACAGUAGCAAAACUACUGUUGUGAAGUAGCAACAAAAUAAUUUUAUGGUUGGGCGCCACCACACCCUGUAUUAAAGGGUCGCAGGAUUAGGAAGGUUGAGAACCUCUGGCUUAGAGGAAGGCCUGUCUGAAGGGAGGGGUCAUAGUGACAGACCCAGCCCAUCAGGGAAAAGUGGGAGCUUUCCAGGAGAGCCAGGUGUGUGCGGACUGUGCUCGCAUCCCCUGUAGUCAGGCAGGAGAACUGUUUGGAGUGACAUCCAGCUUUUCCUUGUGGGAGACUGCUGCCCCAAAUCCAGUGCUGAGUGGGUAAGGUGCUGAGAACCUGAGACGCCGUCAAAGCUGGGCUUGGCCUGUAAUCCCAGCUCUGGAGAGGCACAGGGCAGUCCUGCGCGCGCUCACUGCCAGUUAGCCUCACCAGGUGAUGACCUGAAGAUUCAGUGAGGGACUCUGUCCCCAACAUAAGAUGCAGAAGGUGUUCGCUCCUGGGAGGAUGUGGAUCCCACCAUCUGCAGCCUGGAUGAGCAGCUCAAGGCCUUUGUGUCCCGGCACUCGGCCACAUUCUCCAGCAUUGUGAAAGGCCAGCGGAGCCUGCACCACCGUGGAGAGACCCUGGAGACGCUGGUCCUGCUGAACCCUUCAGACAAGUCCCUGUGUGAUGAGCUCCGGAACCUCCUGAUGGACCCCGCCCCUCACAAACUGCUGGUGCUGGCCGGCCCCUGCCUGGAGGAGACCGGGGAGCUGCUGCUGCAGACCGGGGGGUUCUCAGCGCAGCAUUUCCUGCAGGUGCUGGAGGACAAAGAGGUCCAGGACGCGCUGGCCUCGGCCCCCACGGCCCCCCCGGCCCUCACCGUGUCCUGCCCGACUUUCGGGGACUGGGCGCAGUUGGGCCCCUUGCCCGGGCUGCGGCUGCGACUGAACCCACCCGCGCGGCUGCCGCCGUCCGAGGGUCUGCGGGCCUUUCUGGAGUAUGUGGCCGAGUCGCUGGAGCUGCCGUCCCCCUUCGAGCUGCUGGAGCCGCCGGCCGCUGGUGGCUUCCUGCGCCUGGCGCGGCCCUGCUGCUACGUGUUCCCGGGCGGCCUGGGCGACGCCGCCUUCUUCGCGGUCAACGGCUUCACCGUGCUGGUAAACGGCGGCUCCAACCCCAAGUCGAGCUUCUGGAAGCUGGUGCGGCACCUGGACCGCGUGGACGCCGUGCUAGUGACCCACGCAGGUGCCGACAGCCUGCCUGGCCUCAACAGCCUGCUGCGCCGCAAAUUGGCCGAGCGAGAGGCGGCCGCGGGGCCACAGGGAGAGCGCGAGGAACGGCUGCGUCGCCUGCUGUCGCCCGCCCUGGGUGUCGUGUUCCUGAACGCACGCGAAGCGGCCUCGCGACUGCGCGGUGGCGAGGAUGAGGCGGUGUGCGCCCGGGGCCUGCUGCGGAGCCUGGGCAUUGCGCCCCUGCCCCUGCAGCGAGGCUCGCAGCCCGCGCAGCCCACCGUCCUGUUUGAGAAGCUGGGGGUCGGCCGCCUGGAGCUCUUCGUGCUGCAUCCGCCACCCGGGGACCCCGCAGCGCCCGCCUGCGCGCUGCUGGUGUGGCAGCCUGCGGCACCCAGCGACAAGGUGGUGCGCGUGCUGUUCCCAGGCCGCACACCGCCCGCACGCCUGCUCGACGGGCUGCAGCGGCUGCAGCACCUGCCGUGCCUGCGGCGGCCCGUGGUCACCGCGCGCGACUUGGAUGCGCCCGCCAGGGCUGACAGUCAGGACAGCCUGGCCUCACGGGACAGCUCUCGCAAAGAGCAGCUCCGCAGCGCCGCCGCCGGCAGCUCGGCCAGCAGGAGCACGGUGCGGAAGGAGCCUGCUGCGCCCGUGCGGGACCUGAAGAAAGACCCACGGCCCGGGCCCGCACGGCCGGCCGGCCGCGACACGCGCCGCUCCGGGCCUGCUGCUGCCAACGCGAAGCCUCGCACGGCGCAGAACGGGCCUCGAGCCCCGGUUCCGGCGGGGCCGCCUGCAGCCUACGUGCCCAAGUGCCCAGGAGAAGCAGGGAGCAGCAUGGAGCCCGAGCGGCCACCUGCCCCCUCCCCACCUCGGUCUCCAGCUCCGUCCCCACCUCCUCCCGCACCCGGCAGUAGCCCUGAGCGCCUGUCUCUCAGCCCCCUGCGCCCUGAGCCGGCCCCGGACGCGUCCCCCUCGGCCACCACGCCCACGGCCACCACGCCCACGCUGACCACGCCCUCACUGCCCGCCGAGUUGGGCUCGCCGCACUCCACCGAGGUGGACGAGUCGCUUUCUGUGUCCUUCGAGCAGGUGCUGCCGGCCGGCGACGCGGGCCUUAGCCUGCCCCUGCGCCUGGCGCGCCGCUCCACGUCCCCCCACGACGUGGACCUGUGCCUCGUGUCACCCUGUGAGUUUGCGCACCGCAAGCCGCCCCCUCCCGCUUCUCCCGGCAGCUCAGACAGCAGCGCCCGUUCUCAGGAGCGGCCGCCCGAGACGCCGCCCACGUCGGUGAGCGGGUCGCUGCCCACGCUGUCUGACUCUGACCCGGUGCCGGUCGCGGACUCCGACGACGAGGCGGGCAGCGAGAGUGCAGCCAGGGACCCGCUGCCCACACCCCGUGUGCCGCCACCGCUGCCCGACGCGCCCGGCAUCUGCAUGGUGGACCCCGAAGCGCUGCCCCCCCGUGCCAGGCAGCCCCCCAACCCUGCCAGUGCUAGUCGCGGCCGCAAGGCCCCUGUGAGGCCGAGCUCCGCCUCUGCCACCCCCAGAGCCGCAUCCUUAGCUGUAAAAACCAAGGGCCCUGCAGGGGACCGGGCCCGGCCACUCAGCGCCCGCAGUGAGCCCGCAGACAAGCCAGGCCGUGUGCCCCUCACCAGGAAGCCCUCGGUGCCCAAGACCGUCUCCAAAGUGGCCCCUGCCACGAGGCUCUCCUCGGGGCCUAACAGCCGCCUUGUGCCCCCUGCUGCUGGCUCCCCUGUCUACCUGGACCUGGCUUACCUGCCAGGCGGUGGCGCAGGCCGCCUGGACCAGGACUUCUUCCUGCGGGUGCGUGCACUCUGUUACGUCAUCAGUGGGCAGGGCCAGCGCCAGGAGGAGGGCCUGCGCGCCGUGUUGGAUGCACUGCUGGCUGGCAAGCAGCGGUGGGACCUUGACCUGCAGGUCACACUGAUCCCCACCUUCGACUCGGCGGUGAUGCACAGGUGGUAUGAAGAGACGCAUGAGCAGCACCAGGCGCUGGGCAUCAGGGUGCUGGGCAGCGGCAGCAUGGUGUCCAUGCAGGACGAGGCCUUCCCUGCCUGCAAGGUGGAGUUCUAGCCCCAUGCCGCAGUGCACCCUGGGGACAACAGUUCCUCGCUGUGUGCUCCAUGCUGAGAGCUGGACACCGCACCUGAGUGAGCCGCUGCCACCCCAGCUUCCGUCCCCACCACCGCAGAUGGGAGCCAUGCUUCUGUUGUAACUUGUUUGUGCUGGUCACAGGGCUGGCACAGCAACCCACCCACCCCCUUCCCAGCACUCAGGUUGCAGAGACAGGAGGAUCAAUGUGGGUUCCAGGCCAGCCUGGGCUGGAUAGUGAAUCCUUGUCUCAAAACCUGAAGAAAAUAAAGCAGAUGGGUCAGAUUUUGGUUUUGACGACUUAGUUAGGGUUUCUAGUGCUAUGUAAACACCUUGGCCAUAAACAGCCUGAGAAAGGGGUUUGUUUACUCAAGGCAGGAAGGAGCCUGGAGGCCAAGGAGGGGUGCUCCCUCCUUGCUCCCCAUGGCUUGCUCGGCUGCCAUCUUACCAGGCCAAUCCGGUAUGGGCACCUUCUUAAUUUAUGUUCCCUCUUCUCAAAUGCUCUAGCCACCUCACUUGGAGAGAAUUUAACAUGAAAAAAAGGCUGAGGUGUGCUGGGUAGUUUUAUGUCAACUUGACAGAAGAUUUGGAGUCAUCUGAGGAGGAGGGAGCCUGAGUUGAGAAGAUGCCUCCACAAGAUCUGACUGUAGGCAAGCCUAUGGGGCAUUUUCUUAAUGGGGGAGGGCCCAGCAAAUUGUGGGUGGUGCCAUCCCUGGGCAGGUGGUCCUGGGUUCCAUAAGAAAGCAGCUGAGCAAGCCAGUGAGCAGCACCCGCCAUGAUUUCUGCAUCAGCUCCUCCUCCAGGUCCUGCCCUGUGUGAGCUCCUGUCCUGGUUUCCUUCAGUGAUGGGCAACAAUAUGGAAGUGUGAGCCAAAUAAACCCUUUCCUCCCCAA